AUGAAACUAGAACGCGUAAGCAGCAAUGGCUCCUUCAAAAGAGGUAGAGAUAUCCAGUCACUUGAAUCUCCGUGUACUAGACCGCUGAAAAAAAUGUCACCUAGUCCAUCUUUCACAUCUCUUAAAAUGGAGAAGCCUUUCAAAGAUAUUGUAAGGAAGUAUGGAGGUCAUCUUCAUCAAAGUAGUUACAAUCCCGGCUCAAGCAAAGUGGAGUUAGUAAGACCAGAUUUGUCUUUAAAAACAGAUCAAAGUUUUCUUCAAAGUAGUGUGCAAACUACGCCUAAUAAGAAAAGCUGCAAUGAGUAUCUUUCAACUCCAGAGGCCACACCAUUAAAAAAUACGGCUACAGAAAAUGCAUGGGCAACCUCUCGAGUUGUUUCUGCAUCCAGUCUUUCUAUAGUGACACCAACGGAAAUUAAAAACAUUCUUGUUGAUGAAUUCUCUGAAUUGAAGUUAGGGCAACCUUUGACUGCUCAACAUCAGCGAAGUCAUGCGGUCUUUGAAAUUCCUGAGAUUGUGGAAAAUAUCAUAAAAAUGAUAGUUUCUCUAGAAUCUGCAAAUAUACCAAAGGAAAGACCAUGCUUAAGAAGAAAUCCACAAUCUUAUGAGCACUCUCUGCUUAUGUACAAAGACGAAGAGAGAGCAAAAAAAGCAUGGUCAGCAGCCCAGCAGCUACGAGACCCACCAUUAGUCGGACACAAGGAGAAGAAGCAAGGGGCCUUAUUUAGUUGUAUGAUGGUUAACAGGUUAUGGCUUAACGUAACAAGGCCUUUUCUUUUCAAAAGCUUGCACUUUAAGAGCGUCCAUAAUUUUAAGGAGUUUUUACGAACUUCCCAGGAGACGACACAAGUAAUGAGACCGUCUCAUUUUAUAUUGCACAAAUUACAUCAAGUAACACAACCAGAUAUAGAAAGGCUUUCCAGAAUGGAGUGUCAAAAUUUGAAAUGGUUAGAAUUUUACGUUUGCCCUAGAAUAACUCCCCCAUUAAGCUGGUUUGAUAACCUCCAUAAACUUGAAAAGCUUAUUAUUCCAGGCAAUAAAAACAUAGAUGAUAACUUUUUACUCAGACUAUCACAGAGCAUACCAAAUUUAAAGCACUUAGUUUUAAGAGCAUGUGAUAAUGUCAGUGAUUCAGGUGUUGUUUGCAUUGCUUUGAAUUGCCCGAAAUUAAAAACAUUUAACAUUGGCAGACAUAGGCGUGGAAAUUUAAUUACGAGUGUCUCACUGGUCGCGCUAGGCAAAUACACACAGGUGGAAACUGUGGGGUUUGCCGGUUGUGAUGUUGAUGAUGCCGGUAUUUGGGAAUUUGCUCGAUUAAAUGGCAAAAAUGUUGAAAGAUUGUCUUUAAAUUCCUGUCGUCUUUUGACUGAUUACUCUCUACCCAUUCUUUUUGCUUUAAACUCAUUUCCAAAUCUGGCUGUUUUAGAGAUCAGAAAUUUAGAUAAAAUAACUGAUGUGAGGCAUUUCGUGAAGUACAACUUGUGGAAAAAAUCAUUGGAUGCCCCCAUUCUAAUCGAAGCAUGUGAACGUAUUACGAAACUAAUCGAUCAAGAAGAAAAUAGAGUUAAGAGGAUUAACUCCUUGGUUGCCUUAAAAGAUAUGACAGCUUGGGUUAAUGCAGACGACGAAAUAGAGAAUAAUGUGGACUAG